AUGGCCCGCCACCGCAGCAGGGCUAUGGACAGUACCCUCCUCCCCAACAACAGAUGUACUACCAACAAGGUCCGCCUCCGCCUCAAGAGGAACCAAAGAAAGACAGAGGAUGCUUGA